UGGGAGCUGUAUGGAUCUAUUGUCACACUCAUUGGCCAAUAUAACAAUGAUUGGCUGCUUUUUUUAAUUAACAGGGCUGUGAGGAUUAAAUGUGAGGAAAUGAUAAUAAUUCUGACAGAUUUUGACACAUCGGACAUUAAAUUAUAAAUUUCUGAAGCCAUGCAAGCUUUCUUGCAAUUAAUCUUGUAAGCACUUUGAUACGCUACGUGACAGUUCUGUGACAGUAGACGGAGUUUUUAUGCUGACGUCACAGAAAGAUACACUGUGAACGAACUUAACUAGAUGCAAAGUUAGCAUUAAUUAAUCGUAAAGCUUAUGUAAAUAACAAGUUUACUGGAGCAAAUUAUGAAGAAGUUAGCUAGUGCGUUUACUGCUGCCCCAAACGGGAUGUUGAAGGUUCAGCAUGAUGGUGAGAAACACCAUUCUCGCACGAGUCUCGCCUCCAUCUUUGAGGAUCUCGCUACCAUUCGUAAAACAAUUCUUGGCACUGGUUCACAUGAAAACUCGAGUCAGAGAUCAUGGAUCGAGAAGACGUUCACAAAGAGAGAAUGCAGCAAGUUUAUUCGCAGCAAUAGGGACCAUGGAAAAUGUUGUUGUGGCCGACCGGAGAGCUGGCAAGGCCAUAUCGUACAAGUGCUGGGAGUACCUUCGGAGGAGCGAUGGCAUCCGUACCGGCACACAGAGGCCAAGACCACCGACGCUUACGGUGUUUUAGAGUUCCAGGGAGCACCUCACCCCAGCAAGGCCCAGUAUGUUCGGUUAAGCAGCUAUGACACGAAGGCAGACCAGGUCUUACAGCUCUUACAGCAUCACUGGGGCCUCGACUUGCCCAAACUCCUCAUCACCGUCCACGGAGGCAUCCUCAAUUUUGAUCUCCAACCGAAGCUGAAACGGGUAUUCCGAAAGGGCCUCCUCAAGGCAGCCAAAACCACAGGGGCAUGGAUCAUCACCAGUGGAACGAACACAGGGGUUACACGUCAUGUGGGAGAUGCCAUCAGUGACAGGACACUUAAGGCAAAAAAUAAAAUCAUCGCCAUCGGAAUUGCACCCUGGGGUAUCGUCGAGAAUAAGGACGAACUCAUCGGGAAAGAUGUGAUAGUGCCAUACCACUGUGUGUCGUCCCCACGCACAAAUUAUGCUGUCCUCAACAACAAUCAUUCCUACUUCCUGUUGGUCGACAAUGGCACCGUCGGAAAAUAUGGCGGGGAGAUCAUCUUCCGUAAACGUCUUGAGAAAUACAUUGCUCACCAGAAAAUAUGCAUCACAAAUGGUGUACGAGGUCGUGGUGUGCCUACAAUCUGCGUGGUGUUGGAGGGAGGAGCCAACACGAUCCGCUCCGUGCUUGAGUAUGUCACUGACACGCCCCCUGUCCCUGUCGUUGUCUGUGAUGGCAGUGGGCGAGCUGCCGACCUCCUCGCAUUCUCACACAAGUACUGCUCUGAUGACGGAACGAUGCCGGAGAGCCUGCGUGACCAGCUGAUACUCACCAUCCAAAAGACGUUCCAGUACACCCCCGAACAGGCAGAAAAACUCUUCAUCGAGCUCAUGCUCUGUGUCAAGAAAAAAGAACUUAUAACCGUGUUCCGUAUGGGAGAGGGAGCACAAGACAUUGAUCUUGCCAUUCUCACAGCUCUACUUAAAGGUACAAAUGCAAGUGCCCCAGACCAGUUAAGCCUGGCCCUGACUUGGGACAGGGUGGACAUUGCUCGCAGCCACAUCUUUGUGUAUGGACAGGAGUGGCCGGAAGGUUCCCUGGAGCAAGCGAUGAUGGAUGCCCUCAUCAAUGACAGGGUGGACUUUGUCAAACUGCUGUUGGAGAAUGGGGUCCAUAUACAGAGCUUCCUUACCAUUCCUCGCCUAGAGGAACUUUACAACACAAGGCAGGGACCAUCCAAUACUCUUCGCUAUCUAGUCAGGGAUGUCAGGAAGCACCUUCCUACAGGGUAUCGUUACACACUGUUGGACAUUGGGCUCGUUAUUCAGCACUUGAUGAGCGGGGCAUUCCGAGCCACGUACUGCCGAAAAAGGUUCCGACAAAAGUACAAUGCUCUCAAGAGAAAUGGAGCUUCCCAGGUCAACAUUGGUCAGCUGGUGACGACUCUGCCGUCCCUGGUGAACACGAAGCAAGCGGAGGAGCUUUUUCCAUACCCAUUCCACGACCUCAUGAUUUGGGCGGUGCUCAUGAAGAGACAGAAGAUGGCCCUUUUCAUGUGGCAACACGGCGAAGAGGCCAUGGCUAAGGCAUUGAUGGCAUGUAAACUGUACCGAGGUAUGGCACAUGAGGCGGACCAGGACGACUUGGAGAUUGAGAUCCCAGACGAGAUACGCAAAUAUGCCAAUGAGUUCCAGACAUUGGCCCUGGAGUUGCUGGAGCACUGCUACAAGAUUGAUGAUGAUUACACCCAGCAGCUGCUCACCUACGAGCUGAAGAACUUCUCCGAGCAGACCUGCCUCAGUCUCGCCGUCGAGGCAAAUCAUCGUGAGUUUGUUGCCCACACAUGCUCACAGAUGCUACUGAAUGACAUGUGGAUGGGUGGACUCCGGAUGAGGAAGAAUACAUCCCUCAAGGUGAUUCUGGGUAUUCUGAUACCGCCUUACAUCAUAGCGCUCGAGUUUAAGAGCAAGGAGGAGUUGCAACUCAUGCCCCAGACCAUGGAGGAACAUCUCGACGAGCUCAACAGCGAGUACAGCGACCAUGAAAACAUGUCCUUAUCAUCCUUCGAUGAUGACCAGAAUGACUAUGCAGAUGAGUUAGAGUCAAGCAUUUCCGUGAAUCCAAUGGCGAGCCCCGUCAAGGAGAAUGGAGUUGUCAUGGGUGACACCAGUGUCUACUCUAGCCAUGUACGGAAGAAAAAAAGUCCACUGAGGCUUGGCAAGAAGAUCUAUGAGUUCUACAACGCUCCCAUCACAAAGUUCUGGGCAAACACUCUGUUCUACUUCGUGUUCCUGUUCAUGUACACAUACAUUGUGCUGGGGAAGACGCUGCCCAAGCCACGCUGGCAGGAGUACUAUGUAAUGGGAUACAUUGCCACUCUCGCCAUUGAGAAAAUAAGACAGAUUAUAGCAUCAGAACCACGGAGUCUCCUUGGGAAGUUCAAGGUCUUCUUUGGCAAUGUGUGGAAUGUUUGGGACACAGUGUCAAUCCUGUUCUUUGUGACGGCUGUGAUUGUGCGUCACUGCCCGGUGAAUCCCCGAGCAGCCAGGGUUCUCUACACCGUAAACAUUACAUUCUGGUACCUAAGAGUGAUGGAGAUACUCAGUGUAAACAAAUACCUCGGGCCGUAUCUCAAGAUAAUCGUCAGACUGCUGCGUGAGAUGUGUUACUUCCUGAUUAUCCUGCUGAUUGUGGUUGCGAGUUUUGGGGUGGUACGGCAGGCGAUACAUUUCCAGGACGAGGAGCCAUCCUGGUUCCAUGUGCGAAACAUGUUCUUCUACCCAUACUUUAUGAUCUAUGGGGAGCUGUUUGCGGAUGAGAUUGACACGUGUACAGACGUGGUGCGUAUAGAAAUGUACGAGCGUGGCGAGAUUGACUCUGUGUGCACGUACGGCGCGUGGAUCUCCCCACUGUUCAUGUUUCCAUUCCUGCUCAUGGCUAUUGUCCUCAUGGUCAACCUCCUCAUCGCCAGAUUUAAUGCAUGUUUCAUCCGCAUGAACCCAGACACCAUGAAAGUGUGGAAGUUCCAGCGUUACAAUCUGAUAGUGAGUUACGAACUGCGCCCACUCCUGCCGCCUCCCCUCAUCACAUUGUCCCACAUCUACCUCGGGCUUAAGUUCAUCAAGCAGUGCUGCAGGGGAAAACGGGACCACUUUGACUCAGGCCUUAAGUUAUUCCUGUCCCAUGAUGACAUGGAGAAGCUGCACGAUUUUGAGGAGGAGUGUGCAGAGGACUAUUUCCGUGAGAAGGAGAUGCACGUACAGUCAUCAACAGACAAACGCAUACAGCUGACUAAUGAGAGGGUUGAAAACAUGAACCUGCGAAUGGAUGACAUGAACCAGAAGGAGAACUUUAUCAUGCUCAACCUGCAGACCAUCGACCACCGCAUGUCCAUCCUUGAGGAUCUUGCCAUACAGAACAUGGAGGUUCUUGGGCAGAUGAAGUCUGUGAUGUCACAGUUUGAUCUUCGGUCCUGUAACAUCAGUACCUCCAGUACUCCGAGCAACAGUCGCGCACGAUUGGAUAGUGAGGAGUCCACAGAUCAGAUAGAAUAUGAUGACUUCAUAUCCCCUGGCCAGAAGGAAGGUCAAACAUCGGCAACAACUAGCAGGAGAAGAAAGCUGGAAGGGUUAGCAAGCUCCGAGAGCGGGAAAUCACUCAAUCCGGAAGCCAAUUCCAUAAUGAGAUCACUUCCAUCACCAAUACUGGUGCAUUCCCAGAAGGCAAUCAAGGAUGACAGUCUGCAACGUUAUACUGACUUUAGCAAGACUUCGACCAAGUCUGCAAUGUCCCUGACACGUAGGAUUGAGAGGCAGUCUAGUCUAAAACAUCGACGAUCUCUUCCUCGUGUGCAGGAACGUGUGCAGGAACAUGAACCAGCAACUACAGAAGAAGAUGCCAGCCUAACUAAUGACCUGCUCGGUCGCCGACAUGGCCACAUCCCGAAACUUCACAUAGAGCCUGUGAAUAAGCAGGACUCAAUUUCCAGUACAGCUGUACCAUCUCAUGUAUAUAGUGAUGACAAUACCAACUCCAAUGCUGCAUCUAGCGAGUUGGGAGGUGUAUACAGCAUUGCACACCUAGACACGGAAACAAAUGUCUCUUCACAGCAGCCUGCUCAGAUAGAUGUCAAGUUUGCCACAGUAAACCCUGACCUUUCUAUACCUCUCAAUAUCAACAUUCCCACGCCAGAGAUAGAACAUACGGACUUGUACCAAGCAGGCAACUAUCAGGCAGCCCACAUAAUCCCUUUCACUCCUAUUCUUACGUCCAGAUCUGCAGAGUACACAACUAUCACAGAUGAAAUAGACACCUCCUGCAUGAUGAGCCGGUCACCUCCAAGAAGCCCAACUUCGGCCAACCCAUACAAUGACAACUGGGACGAGGAAAAGGAGGAAAAUGUAGCCUCACGCAUUGAGAAGGCCGCCCUGAGACAGGCGGAGGAAAUGGAGCACCGGCGGAUGGAGAGGGUCAUCCGGAACCGCCUGCGUCAGAUCUCCAUGGAUGAGAGUGAUAGCAUCAGCGAUAUUGCUAAACUUGCUGUCAGUGAGAUGGAGAUUGAGGACACACACUCGGACCAUGAGGAUGACGAGAGCAUCCAUGGAUCCACGGAGGACCUUACCCAGAGUGGGCGCACACAGAGCUUCACCUCCCACACAUAUCGAGCGGUCACAGAGAACGCUAGCGCUACCGAACUUGAAGAUUCCGGGCCAAUCCAGUUUGAUGCUGGGGUCGAGAUCCGUAUACGCAGGGCCUCCACUCUUGAUGAAGAUCCUCAUUCACCCAAAUCUGUAUAAGAAUUUAUUAUGAUGAUUAAAUUAGAUCUUGACAGUGAAUUCUGUGAUCAAAUUUCUUUCUUUAUGCAUUUAUAUUUUAAGUGAUUUUAAUACAAAUUUUUAUGUUGAAUCUCUCAAGGGUAUGAAUUACAUGCAUGUAUUACCAUUUUUACUGUAUUGUCUCUGUUGAUCAGAGAUACUUCGAUAUCGCAAUUGUACAAAGUAACUAUGUAUUACAACAGAUGUUGAACAUCCAAUGCAAGAAACUGUAAAGUCUGUUUAGUAGUUUCCAUGCACUCAGUUGUAGGCUGCUUGUUAUACGUAAGAUUUUAAUCACAUUUUGCAAAAUUCUUAUCAAUGGUAUAAUUAUUUAUUAUGAAUGAUAUGAAAAAUUUGAAUUGAUAAAAAUAUUUUUUCUUUGUUUCAAUAAAGUUAAGAUUUCCUUUGUAUUGCAGUACAGAAAGUUCUUCAAUUUAACACACAUUCUCUUUCAAGAUUUUAUUUCAAAUUUUGUCAAGGCAAAUGCAUUUUUUCAAAUGUAUAUGAUAAUAUUUUGUAUGAUAUAGGUUCUUUUUUUGUUGCAUAGUUGUUGUUGUUUUGUCUGACAUUGCAGGGAUCGUUUGCGAUAUUUGAAUUUAAAUAUUGUACAUAUUCUCUUGUUUAACAUUCGCAAAAAGCUGUUGUUAAUAUGUUAUUGUUAUGCAUCAUGUAAUGGUUAAAGGUUAGAAGUAUGCAUUGACCGAAAUAAAUGGUUUAAGGGCGACCACAUGUGUAAUAAGUGAUGUGGCAUUUUUUGCAGGAAGGAUAAGCGCUCAAUAUACAGUGUCGUUUGCAAGAGAAAGCACAUAAUUAACUUAAUAUCAUUAAGAAUGCAAACAUAUCGAAUACACUGUGUAAUAAUACAGGGUGGCAGGCACUUGAAUGUGAAUAUCUUGAGUUCUUUUUCACACACUCUUUAUAAGGAUGCCAUGUUAACGUGAUUAUUGUGGUGUGUGCAGGUUUUGUCCACAAUUUACUCUGCAUUCUUAUCCUUUUUUUCUACCAUGAAACAUGUACCAUAUGUACCAUAGGCAGAAAAACUUAAUUAUGAGUUCAGUUUCUUGUUGAUAAUUUUAAGAAAGUGGCAUCAAUGACUUUAUAUGGCUAUUAUACAAGCUGUUUUCAUUAUAGAAAAGCAUGUUAAAUCAUGCUGAUUUUAAUUGUGCCUACAACAUAUCCUAGUCUAACAACACCAAGAACUGUAUUAUGACGCUCCUUGCCAUACUUUGUGUACAGUUGUAUUAUUACUGGUGCAUUAGUUUAUUGACAUUCUGUCAUCAUUUACGGCAAACCGGUGCCAUUUAGAAUCUCUACACAUUUAUGUGUGAUGUUGAUCAAAUUUUAGUCACUUGGAUGAUUGUUAAGUAUCAGUUAUGGUUUAUUUCAAGUCUGUAAGGAAAUUAAUUAUUCAACUCUUGCACAGUGAGACGAAUAAUUAAUUUUCAUAUAGACCUACAGAUGAAUUAAAAUGUAUAUAAUGGUUGAAAUGAUUUUGUUACCGACAAAGCCCGCCUUAUUGACCUCUAGUCGAUUUUAUCUUUUUUUCUAUCACUGAACAUGACAUUGUGUUUGUGUAGAAAAUAGUAAAUGAGGCAAUGUGAAUGUAGUUGUUAGUAUAUUUAAGUAUAAGCAUAUAUAUUACACAUCAUUCCUUGUCUUUUACAUGAUUGCUUAUUCUUUUAAUGGAAACGUACCUGUGUAUUUCGUACAGCAGUGUCAUAUUUCCAGGUCAAAUUCCAUAUAAAGCAUCUGAUUGUUUGAUAAUUUUUACUGCAUAAAAUAGUAAGACAAACUAUUCAGUUUGACCUUCAGUAUGAACGACCAAUGUAUUUGGGGUGCAACUUUUUAAGUAAAGCAUUUAUACAGCAAUAUAUAAAAUAUUGAUUAAUAGUAAUAUAAAAUGUCAAAUAAUUUGAAAAUACUGUCAUCCCAUUGAUUCAAAAAUGAUUUCAGCCAUUAUUGAUUGUUAUUGUAUGAAAUGUUAAUGUUGUAUGUAUGUUUGUUUAGCAUUGUUUGGUGCUAGUAAUAGUAAUGGUCACAAGUGCUAUACAAGAUACAAAUGAUAAUAUUAAUGAUAGUUCAACCCUGUCAAGGGUAGUGCUCAGUCUGUGUAUUCAUGUGAUAAAUGCCUUUUCGACAAAUGUCUCCGUUGAAACCAUUGAAACUUCAUAGGUAAACUUUCUUGAAGUACAUUUCUUACAAAUAUAACUUCCAAUAGAUGGGUAUAUAUUACCUGGUUGUAUAAAGUAUGGCAACAUACAGAACACUGCAUACUAGAUUACAGAGAUAAGUUGAGUUCUAUUAAUUUCAUAGUUCUUCUUCCAUACGUAUACUGAGCUGGGCUUUUAAUAGGGUGUACUGAGCUCAACAUUGUUUUACUAUUAUUUUUUUUACAGUACAUGAAGAUCAGAGAAAAGACAUAUUAUUGUAUUUAUCAUUGUUUUACCAAUAGUGUAUUACAGAUCAUUGUGCAAUUCGUAUGAUCAUCAUCUGAAUAGAUAUUGUAUUACUCAUAACCAGAUUUUCCACUGGGGUUUUAUAUACUAUUAAUAACACUAAUGUUAUUGCUUAAAACUUGGGUUAAAUAUUAAUGUGUUAAAUUUGUACUGUUUUUUUAGAUGCAUGGUCUGGAAUCCCAAGGAUUUUGGAGAAGGGGUAUUGAUCAUUUUCUGCAAUGUUAAACAUUUCAAUUCUUGUUAAAGUAUAUCAAGAAAGCCCAACUUUUUGAGGUUUCUUUUCAUUGUGAUAAGCAGUCCAAAGCAUGUUUUAAAGGCCUUACCAUGCUUUUAAUUUUGGACAUGAAAAUAAUGAGGGUUUACUUCUUCUUCUUAAAUAUUUGUUCUUUUACAAGUGCUUGUAUUUAGGGGUCUGGAGUGGUUCACAUGUUUCCCAAUUUCUCAAAACAUCAUACGGUUGUAUCAAACUUUAGUAUCUUUUUUUAAAUUUACCAAAUCUCUUCAACUUCAUUUUCUGAAAUGAAAACAUAGCUUAUUGUGAUUAUCAUUAUAAUAACUUCUUCUUAGAACACAUUACAAUGGGAACACUGUACUAGAUGCAUUGUUUUGUUUGAUAAAAAUGAAUAUUAAACUGAUAAUGGGUAUUUGAUAAUACUAUGAUACACCUACAAAUGAUGUCAUCGUUCUGUGUAUUUUUCUUUUUUGUUUUCUUUUCACCUAUAGUUUUUACUUGAAUUCAUAGUAUCUGUACAAAGGGUUUGGGUUUGAUUGUUUGUUGGUCUAGUCCUUAGAUGUGAUGUGCUUUGUUUAGUACAGCAAUAUCAAGUACAAUGAUGUAUUAUACCUUUUUCAAACGAAAAAAAUAACAGCUAUUUGAUGAAAUUAUUUUAGAACUUUACAUCUUGCUGUGUAACUCAUUGAUAGAAAUAUAUGUUGUAACUUAUUCAAAUGAAAUAUGUAUACCAAAUGUCUAUCAUAUGAAUUGUUGAUGUUACAAGCAAUAAAAUGAAAGGUAACUU